GCGGCCCCUGCCACUGCGCUCCGCUGCGGCGGAGGGCGGAGGGAGCGCAGGGUGAUCGAGAGAAGUUCCCUCUUCCACUUCCUCCCUCCUUGCAACCUGCUGUCCUGAGACCCACAUUUGCCCAUCCCUCCCUGCUGUUUGCCUUGGCCUGACUUCCCUUUGCCUCGGGCACCGUCCUCCGCCACGGGUCCAGAGCCAUGCAAGCCAUCAAGUGUGUGGUGGUGGGAGACGGGGCUGUGGGAAAAACCUGUCUCCUUAUCAGUUAUACCACCAAUGCCUUCCCAGGAGAAUACAUCCCCACUGUAUUUGAUAACUAUUCUGCCAACGUGAUGGUUGACAGCAAGCCUGUAAAUCUGGGACUCUGGGAUACUGCUGGACAAGAGGAUUAUGACAGGCUGAGGCCGCUCUCUUACCCGCAGACGGAUGUCUUCCUGAUCUGCUUCUCCCUUGUCAGCCCGGCAUCUUAUGAAAACGUCCGUGCUAAGUGGUUUCCUGAGGUACGGCACCACUGCCCAAGCACUCCCAUCAUCCUCGUGGGCACAAAGCUGGAUCUCCGUGAUGACAAGGACACCAUUGAGAAGCUGAAGGAGAAGAAGCUAUCCCCCAUAACGUAUCCUCAGGGUCUUGCUCUGGCCAAGGAAAUAGACUCUGUGAAAUACCUCGAGUGCUCGGCUUUGACGCAGCGAGGCCUCAAGACGGUGUUUGACGAGGCCAUCCGAGCAGUCUUGUGCCCGCAGCCCACCCGGACAAAGAAACGGGCCUGCAGCCUCCUCUGAGCAAAUCCCGGUCUCAUCCUGAUGCCCGGUGCUGCCCAGCACACAGGAGAGUGAUGGCUCCAGCAACCCAGAGCUCAGCACCUUGAGGCGGUCAUCGCUUUUUCCUUCUGCCAGCUUGAAAGACUGCUGUGGGUCUGUAGCACUGGUUUGUCUGUUCGCACAACGUCCCCGCUCUUGCCUCACCUGCCCAGCUGCCCCUUCCCUUCCUUCCGGGCCCCUGAGUGAGUAAGACCCAAUAAACAGACUGUACAUUCUU